AUCAGAUUUGUAGUCAUACCGAGGAAGUGCAUUUUCUAGCAGUAUAGAUAAACGGUGUGAAAUUGCUUUCAUGAAUCGAGUUACAGUUAGCUAUAUUUUAUGCUUUAUAAAGCAGCUUCGUUACGUUUGCAGCCUUUCAUUCAAUGAAUGAUUAGUUUAAUUUCGCGUAUCUAGCUAGAAAUUUAAUGAGCACAAUAAACCAGCUAACGUUAGCUACAGUGAGCUAGCCUGCUUAUAAACCUGGGUUUACAGCUUGAUUCUGUUCAAUAUCCUGUCCACACAGCCAUUGGUGGCUUAAAAUCUCCCGACAUCCUUCGUGAAGCGUUGGUUUGGCUGUGAGCUCAGAACUACUGAAUUCAGGUAAUUUUUUUACCUCUGAGUUCUGAGUCAGUGGAACAUAUAGCACAAAACCUGCAAUGGGGAUAAAUUCAACAUUGGGCCAGCAUGUUGGCCACUCUUGGGACCAAAUCAGAAUUCUGACAACACUCCAAUAGAUCAGUACACGACCAUGGACAAGCUCAGGGAAGACAUUUUGAAUCUGUGCCAGCAUUACCCACAGGGACUUCCUUUGCAGAAGCUACCAAGGCUUUUUAGGGCAAUGUACAAGAAACCACUGGACCUAGGCCCUGGUGGGUUUCUGGAGGGAGUUCUAGAAUCUAUGGCUGAUGACCUCACUCUGGAGUGCACCAAGGCAGGCUUGAUGGUUAGGCCUGCCCAGUAUCAGCCACCGCACUGUGAUCCACCAGCACCUUCCUCUCAGCAAUAUCCUCCAGUAGUGCAGGCAAAAGAUUGUAAUAAAGAGGACAUGCUGCAGCAGCUGCAAGGGGAGGUUCUGUACUUGCUGCACAGUACUCCAGGUGGUGUGGAACUGCCUAAGUUGUGCAGCAAGUACAGGGAGCUGUAUGGACAGAAAUUAACCCUCUCCCACUAUGGCCUGGGAGGUCUGCAGGAGCUGCUAGUGCUGUUAGGGGGCCAGGUAUGCGUGGAGCGCGUGAACAAUAAGAAUAUGCUGAAGGAAGCAAGUCAGAGGACCGGCAGCCGGCGUCUGACUGAUAACAGUCCAAGCAGUUGUGGACCAGGUCACAGUCCUUCUCCAAAGAAGACAGGUAAAAAAAUGGAGAAGGCAUCCUCGGAUGUCCUGGAGUUGUUGAAAGAGCACAGAGAGGGUAUUCCUAUAAAAAACCUGGCCAAUGCCUUCAACAAGAAAUAUCAGAGGAACCUCUCGAUGUCUAAGCUUGGGCUAUCCUCUGUGGCAGAGUUUGUUGACUCUCUUGGGGAUGAGGUGCUUAUGGAAAAGGAAGUAAUCUUUCACAGAUCUCACGUAUCUGCCACCGGGAGAAGCAGGACUCCCAAGCCUCCCUGUGAUGCUCCUGUUGGGUCAGCGCAGGCUGGCAAUGGUCUUGCAGUGCUUCCGUCCAGCAGCCAGCUCUCCGUCCACAAGUCAGGGCAAGACAAGAAGGAGCUGACCGAGGCACAGCUUUUGAGCAAUGUCAAGAAAGUUGUGGAGUUAUAUCCACUUGCCCGCAAGUCCAUUGUGGAGCUGCAGAAGGGUUACUUCCUCCUCUUCCUCACCUCCCUCCCACUGACAUUGUACAUGUCCCUGUAUGACAAGCAGCCCGGGAGUCAGAAGUCUGAAGCAGCUGCCCGGGCAAACGCACGCAGCCCAGUGGUGUCCCCAGGGCCUGCUGAGCUCAGAGCAGAGUCUCCUGCAGGUGCCCAGAAUGCGGAGGCCCAGUCUGCAGGGGUUACCAACAGCACCCAGAAUGCAGCAGCGUGGAAUGCAGCGACCCCCGCCGUUACCCCAGCAGCGCUCCCAACCGGCCUUUCUGGGGCCGACUUUCCCGCGCUGGGGGCCAAAAUGCCCAAGGGCCAGGAGAAGAAGCUGAGGCCGGCGGGUAAUGCGGCGCUGUUCAUGGACGCCUACCGCGCCCAGGAGAGGGAAACGCACCGCGCUGCAAUGCAGGCGCUAGAGGUGCUGGAGAGCGAACCCAGCGACCGGCGGAAGAGGAGGGUCACCGUGGAGGAGGUGAACAGCCUGGCCGAGAAUGCCAUCCGGACCAUCGCCGCCGACGGACAGCGCGUCACCGUGGACCAGGUGUGCUUCAGAGUCUGUCAGCUUCUGAGGGUCCAGUCUCUGCAGUCCAUCGGUAUUGAGCCCGGCCGGCAGCUUUCCGUUAUAAAGGACUUCCAGCGCACUAUUAGAGAGGUCGAUCUCUACAUUAAGUCUGUAGAAGCCGUGCAGACAGUUUGCACCCUCUAUGAACUUGGGCAAGGCCUGGCAAGCCUCAAGAACAUGAAUCGAUUUGAGGAGCUUAACCUUGGCCCCCUCUGCAGAAUACCACUUGUACACAAGUUGUUUCAAGUUGACUGCACCACAAGGGAUGAUGACAUUAACCAGAUUGAAACAGUGGACAUUAUAAGGAGUCUGCGGGAUUACAAGAGGAAGCAGAGAGGAGUGAGAGUUGACCUGGCAGAAUUCCUGAAGCAUUUGGCAGACCAGCACAACUGUGACUCACCCUACGCCCUUGGGGUCCGGAUACAGAGCAUUGCACUGUCUGUUUCGACCUUGAAUGCAGCAACGAGGACAGAGCACGCUGCUAUGGACAAGGCCAAAGGGACCAUCCAGGCGGAGAUUGAGGAAGAGGUGUCGAACAGAAUGAGGAAGAUCAAAAAGAGCCUUCUGGAAGUGGCUCAGGGCCCUACCCUCUCCUCUGCUGGCAGUGUGGACCUGAGACGGAAGUACGCCUCGCUGACUGCAGCGGAGGCUGUACUGGAGGUCUUCAAUCAAGCCCGGGAAGUCUUCAGCACCCGGAUGGCCAAGCACGUUCAGGAGUUCCUGACACGUGUGACAGGGGACCGGCUGGCCACAGCCCUGUUCCAGUUAGCCAUCUGCGGUGGGUCUCUGGAGGUGCCUCAUGACCUGGUGGCAAAGGGAGAUGCUCACAAACCAACCCAGGAAAAAAAUCAGGCGGGGGAAAAAAGUACCACACCACCUCCCAGCGAGGCUGCUGUGAAGCAGUGCCUCCACGACAUCAUGGCUAGCUUCAGCGGCGUGCUCUCCCUGCCCUACAUGUCCAGACUGGAGAAGAAGGUGUCUGAGCACUUCCGGGUCAGCCAGUUCACCCAGCUGCAGCAGGGUACGUUCCUGGAGUUCCUGCUGAAACCAGGAAUUGGUCAGAUCCUGCAGGAAGCUGGAGGGGGCACUCUUGCUCUGAGUAGUCAGGACUCCCAGGCCAGUGGCUUCAGGCCCAGCCGGCAGGAUGUGUUUGAGUUCAUCAGACAGUGCGGAGUGGAGGACCCAGACAGAGCCCCCUUCAUUGAGUCUGCCCUGCGGAGUCACUACAGGGUUAGGGACAGUCGGGAGCUGGGCUACGGCCCCCUGUCCUCCCUUGUGGGGAAUGUGAUACGGCAGAAACAGCUGGGUGAUUCGUUCAGGGCCAGCCUGGUACUCUACGAGUCUUCACUUUUCGUCAAAGACUCCAGGGGCUCUGUGGAGGAGAAGGUUGGUCUGCUGGGGUCGGUGAGCCGCGAGGACGCCGUGGCCAGCCUGGUGUCUGCUCCUCUGCUGGAGGACCUGGCUGAGUGGGCUGAAUGGGAGUUGGUGUUCGAACCCCAGCAUGGCCAGUUGAAAGACUUCAUUGAGAAACACUGUGCUGCACGCUCAGGAUUUGCAGCGCUAGAGGUGAGGCCUGGAGUGUUGCUGAGAAUCAGCUCCUCCAGCAGCGAUAAGCUGUUCUCGGAGGCUGUGCAGGAGUUGGACCCAGUCGGUACCGCAGGGCACUUGGUGUCCAUCGUGGUGGCUGAUGGAAUAGCAAAUGCUCCUGCAGCUCUGCUGGCCAAUCACAUGGAGAGCUCGCUGGCACCGGCUGUCACACAUGAAGACAUAUCAGUGGCUGAAGACCCAGCAGUUUACACCAGAGUGGCCAAGUUCAUACUUGACUGUCUGAUCAGAAUACCAACAAAAAUUUGCAAAGCCUUUCUACAGCAGGUGUUCUUGGAGCCCCUCUCCAGAGUGCUGGGACAGGCCAAAUCGAAGGCUGUCCUUCUGCAAACAGCAAAGUCAGACACCCGCUACCUGAACCGACUGCACCAUCUGGGCCUGCUGCUGGGCAUGACAGAGUGGGUGAAGGACUUCCACGCCAAGCUGAGACCACCGACGCUGCCUGUGGUUCCACCACUGAAAAAGGCGAGCAGGGAAUCUUCUCCGGACUUGAGUGAGGUCGAAGACUUCGUUGAGUCCAGCCCCGAACCUGACUUAAAUUCUGAAACUUCAUCCCUGAGUUUUACUGACCAGGAUGAUUAUGAAGAGCAGAAAUUUGAGCUGGUGCAGAAUGCUGAAGGCCGUGUUAAUGGCGAGAUGGCGGAUGUCGACAGCGAGGAAGCAAGGGGCGAGCAGUUGCAGAGCGAGGGUCCGGACAGAGAGGAGCCCCCUGCCAACGAGGCCGAGGGCAGACUGAGCAUGUGCAGAGCUGUCAUCAAUGACAUCAGGAAAAGCGAGUUUGGCAUCGGUGUGGAGCUAAAUGAAGAAGGUCAGAGGUUAAUGAUGGUUCACCAGGAGCGACUUGGCAGGAGUCUGGAACGUCUGUCUGCAGAACUGUACAGCAAGGACACCCAUUUCGUGUUGGAGCUAAUCCAGAAUGCCGAUGACAACAGCUAUGCUUUGCCUGGGGAUGUGCAGCCAGCCCUGGCGUUUGUGUUGGAGAACGACUGCAUCACCAUCCUCAAUAACGAGAGUGGCUUCGAGGAGAAGAACAUCCGAGCCAUCUGCGACGUAGGCCGCAGCACCAAGGGAAAGCACAAAUAUGGCUACAUAGGGCAGAAGGGCAUUGGCUUUAAGUCUGUGUUCAAAGUGACAGACCGUCCUGAAAUUAAGUCCAACGGCUUCCACAUCUGCUUUGACAAGAGCAGCGGGCCCAUGGGCUACAUUCUGCCCCACUGGCUGGAGGAAGAGAGGCCUGUGUUCACAGACCUGCAGGAGCUCAAACAGCACAGCUGGACCACGCAGAUAUCCCUGCCCCUGCGGUCAGAGAGCUACCAGACCAAGAACCUGUUCCACGACGUGCACCCCUCCCUGCUGCUGUUCCUGCACAGGCUGCGCUCCAUCACCAUCGUCAACCAGAACGAUAAGCGGCAGGUGUCGAUGACACGCCGAGACCUGAGCCACAACAUCCUGGAGGUGCAGCACACUGACGGCAUGGAGCGCUGGCUGGUGGUCAAGCGCAUGAUCAAACCCCGGAAGAUUAAAGAGGGAGUGGAGUCCACAGAGCUGGCUCUGGCCUUCAAGCUGAGAGACUCGGCCUCCGACCUGAACAUCCAGCCUGAGAAGCAGCCGGUCUUUGCCUUCCUUCCUCUCCGGAGCUUUGGAUUCCGAUUCAUCAUCCAAGGUGACUUUGACAUCCCCUCGUCCAGAGAAGACGUGGACAGGGACAGCUACUGGAACCAGUGGCUUCGCUCAGAAGUCCCUCUGCUCUUCCUGCACGCCAUGGAAAUAUUUGCAGAUCAUCCAGAAUUCUCUGGUCUGCAAGGGCUCUGUCACUUCCUGCAGUUCAUUCCACUUCCUGAUGAGAUCCUGGACUUCUUUAACCCCGUGGCUGGCCAGAUCAUACAGUUACUCAAAGGCAAAGCUUGUCUUCCCACAAAGGAGGGCAGAGAUGGCAGCGUGGAAUACAAGCUGCCCUCACAGAUCGCCGUGUCACAGGACCCGCUCAUCCAGGAAGUGAUUGGGCCCGAGCAUCUCCUAAGGCAUCUGAACCUGUCCUACCUGCACCCAUCCCUGCAGUCAGCUCUGCCCCCCUCCCUGGUGUCUGCUCUCGGGGUACACCGGCUGAGGGCGGCAGACGUGGUGGCUGUCACCUCUGCCAUGGCCAAGGACCUCAUCAGCAGCGAGGGGAACCUCUCAGACUCCUGUCUGAAGAAGGUGGCCAAGCUGCUGGUGUGUAACUUCCGUGCCCUAGAGCAGGAGUACGGUGAAGCGGACGCCAUUUUGAAAGCGCUGAAAGACAUUCCUAUUAUCCCCCUGGCUGAUGGUCGCAACGUGGCUCUGAGUGGAGGGGGCAUCUUCUUCCCUCUUGAAGAUGAAAAUAAGUCACAAUCAGGCAUACAGGCCUUGUACAGAGACCUGAACAUCGUGGCCCCCGGUCUGCUGGAGUGCCUGGACCCCCUGGGGAACUCUCAGGUGCGAGAGCUUCUGAAGAGGUUGGAGGUCCACCAGCUGGAGCCACAGGAGCUGCUCCACAAGCACAUCUACCCUGUCCUGAAGAGCGGGGCCUGGAAGCGGAAGGCAGAGGACAUCAUUAUCAGCUAUGUGGUGUUCAUCAAGCAGAACUCUAGAAACCAGGACUACGUCACUUUAAACACAGCAAUUCCUGUGUUGACCAACAAGGGUUUCCUCUGCCCCAGUCAGACCAAAGUGCAGUUUUCUAAGGACUAUGGCAACAUCGACCUGCCUAAGAAGCUCCCAGGUGUUGAGUGGGUACUGCUGCAGUCCUGCUACCUGAAUGCUGACGGAGACCUCAAUGGCUGGAGGGAGUUCUUCAGUGCCCUGGGAGUGCAGGACCUGCUCAUCUUCAAGAAGGAGAAGCGCACCAUGUCGUCGAAAGAGCUGGCCUCCAGCCCCUGGGCUGCGGACCACGAGCUGUGGCAGCACACCGCUGACGGCCUGUACGUGGUGGAGGACCACGAGUGCGAGGACUUCCGCUCGCUUGUCACAGCCGAUCAGCUCAGUGAUCAGCUCAAACGGGAGCAGAGGCUGGAGCUGCUGAAGUUGUUGGACCAGAACUGGGUCACUGGAGACAGGUAUUCUCAGUAUAUGAAUGCUCAGGUGCUAGACAGCCAGGGACGGCAUCUUCGAGACAUCAAAUCGUCCUUCUUCCACUUCCUCACCAAUCUCCUGUGGGUGCCUGCGGUGAGGGAUUUUGACAAGUGCUCUGUGGAGUACCUGCGUCCCUGUGCAGUGCACCUGUACUCUCCUGAACUCUACAGGCUGCUGGGAGUCCAUGUCAGUUAUGUCAAGAUGGACCCCAGUGAAUUCUCCAAUGCUGUGGGAAUGAAGCACUCCAUCACUGUGGAUGAGAUGAUUGGGCAUCUGAAGUCGUGGUGCACCACGGCGUCAGACAGCUGCCUUCCAGAAGAAGACAGGAAGGACUUCACCACCACCGUGGAGCAUGUGCACAGCGUCUACAACUAUCUGAGCAACAACUGCAGUCUUUCCGCACUGAAGGAUCUGUUCCGGCAGACUGCAGCUGUCUUCAUUGAGUUUGAAAGAAAAGAGAUGUGGUGCUCAGGGAAGUUCUACAUGCUGAAGGAGGUGUGCUGGAGUGACCCUACAGGGAUGUUCGUGAGGUAUAAAGAUCUCGUCCGCAAGUCAGAAGGCGAAGUUCAGGAGCCCAAGGUUCUGGCCCCCUUCUACAAGCAACUGCAGAACAUGCAGGAUUUUUUCUUCAAGUAUUUGAAUGUGGAACCACACCCAUCUAUGAAGCAGUAUGUGGACCUGCUGGAGCUCAUUUGUGAUUCAUGGUCUAUUCCCAAUUUAGAGCUGCUACAGGAUGUCAAUAUAAUUUACGCAAAGCUAGCUGAAAAAUGCAAAGUACCAGUGUCUGGAGAGCAGGAACAAGUUGAUAAGCUGAACACCAACUAUUGCACAUCUCUGAAGUCUAUGCUGAUUGACAAGAGGGUGUUCCCCACUAAGGAAAACCGCUGGGUAACUUUGUCUCCAAGGCUGCUAAUUCCUGACAAGGGCCUUGAGAAAUUCUUCAGAUCACACAGUGAAAUUUGUUUGCUUAACCUACCAAAACCUGACAAGAGACCAUUGCUCAAGCAGAAGUCUAACUUCAACCAAGGGAAGAUGAUGAAUGACAAACAGGUGACAUUCAGCGAGAGUGACAGGGACCUGUUUCUGAAGAUCUGCGGGGUGAAGACGCUCUCAGAGUGUGUUACUAUCGAGGCCCAGACAGAGAACUACAGACCGUGCCCACCCUUGCAAGCCCUUGUCCGUAAGAUGGUUCCCUACGUCCAGAAAUUCCUCUUUCACCACGAGGAAUUGGGUGACGCCUAUGAGGAGCUGAAGGAGGACCACAUUGCCCAGCAGAUUAAGACGCUGUCUUUUGGCCAGGUCGGCAAACUCUAUACAUUGUAUCGACUGAGCUUGCCUGAUGAGCAAUCUAUCAUUGAACAAGAGGAUGUCAUCUGCCUUUUGAAGGACAACAAGGAAUUUUACAUUCAGAAAGACCACCUCAAAUCCAAGAUGGACAUCUGCAGAGAGAUGGUGAAGCUCUUCAACAAAGACGGCAAGUGUGGGAAGGAACUGGAGGCCUUCCUGCCAGUACUCAUGACCAGUCUUGAUGAUAAAGGAGCCUUGAAACGUUUCCUCCGUGAGAAGGACAUCAAAGACCUGCCAGACUCUGAGGAGAAAUGGGAGGUUCCAGAACCUUUGGAGAUGAAGCCAGAACUACCAGUGUUUUCUGGGAUGCAGUUCGGCCAGUCCUCGAGUGUAGCUGGGGCGGAGCGCAGAGACGAGCAGGAGGAAGGCGAGAGGACUUUGGCUUGCUGGCCUCCCAGGUCUUCCAUCCACAAAACUUCAGGCGGCCACACAGGCCCCAGCCCGGCAGUGGAAGCGGUGAUGAAGAUGUGGCCCCCUCCAGCCCCGCCGGCCCCGGUGGAUGGGGAAACGACUCCGGGGCCCAGCUCUGAUGGAAGAGCUGAGCCUCCAGUGUGGAGAGAGCAGGGGCACGCCAACCCCCAGGGCAGCAAGCCAAGCGGGAACACCCCACUCUCAACAGACAAGACUCAUGAGACGGGCAUGCGAACGGCCCAAUAUUCCGACACCAAGUUGCGGGAGGCAGAUGAAAGCUGUGGUGCAGAGGCACAGCCUGAUGGUACAAAACCUGAAGGGAGAAAAUCUGAAGUCACACGCCCUGAUGCCGACAGCCACGAUAAAACCCGGCUUACAGAGAACACCGUAGCUCCAGAACAGCAGACACCGAAGUCCUCAAAUUCUCCAAACCACAAGGUAGCAGCAGUACCAGAGGUGGUGUCCGGCUCAUUCCAGGGGAACGGGAAUGUUGAGCGCCCGCCGCUGCUUCUGGAUACCCCAGUGUGGGGAAAACAGACCCCGCAGGCUGUUCUAGAAGACCUGGUUCUGGACUGCUCGCGGCCGAAGACCGUGGUGUUCAAUCUAGAGGACAAUCUAGACACAAUGUCUAUUGGGGAGUGGGGGGAGCAGCUGGUGAAUGCGUUCUUCACUCACUGGAAGGAGAGUGGGAGCCCUGAUGCCCCCAGGGAGGUAACCUGGUACAACAGCAAUGGUGAAAGUGGGCGACCUUGCGACUUCAAGAUCACCUUCGCCACGGAUGGGGAAAGCUGUCACGAGGUCUUUGUGGAAGUCAAAUCCACAGUCAAGCCUGAGAAGCACUUUAUCCGUCUCUCUGCUAAUGAAUUAGAUCUGGCCCUGAAGGAGAAGGAGCGGUACCACAUCUAUAGAGUAUACAAUGCUGGGGAUUCACAAAAUGUCCGUCUCUGUCGCAUAAAAAACCUGGCACAGCAUCUACAUUCCAAGGACUUGGAGUUGUUUUUAUUCGUAUAAAAAGGGUUGACCUCAAUAUGUUUUUUUUUUCAAUUUUAUACUUUUUGGUUUUAGGUUGUCAAUGUAACAUCUUUGAUAGAUGUACAUUGUAGUUGUCUUUUUAAGUAAGAGGUUUUAAGUUGGAUUUUAAGUUUAAGUUUAAAAUUAUUUUUAUUUCUGCUUUUUUGCUCUAAGGUAAAUUAAUGCACUAAUGUUUCACACUGUUGAAUAUCCUGAUGACAUAAUUAAGAGGUAUUAACUAUUUUUUACUCUCUGCACACAUUAAUGUUUUGUGGUAUGUACCAGCACUGAUUUUUGUAGUAACCUGCAAUUUAAGCACAUUUUUCUUUGAUUAUAGUAAAGUUGUUUGAAAUAUUUUUAUAACAUUCAUAACCAGUUGUACCAGCACUGAAAAUGCUCUGAAAGAAUAUAGGUUACUGAGAGUCAUUCCGUGGUUGUUUACUUCGUCAGAUAUAUAUUGGGAAUAUAUAUUAAAAUGUUUUUAUUUGAUUUUACACAUGUAAUUUUAAAUUUUUAUUAUUAAAGUACAGAAUAAACAUA